UUUAGCUUUACGUACACCGGAAUGUAAAAGUUUGUGUGUGAGCCAUGAGCAUUCUGUGGUGAUGUGAUGUGAACCUGUGAUCAAGACGUCUGCAAUAUCACAAUAUGUCUGACUAUUUGGAAAUAUUUUUAGAAUUAGCGUAGUCGUAACUAAUAAAAUAAUCAAUUUGAAAGACGUCCAUGCUAUGGACGACAUAUGACAUACUUUAUAAAAAGAUCGAUAAGGAGACGAGUUAUAGUGAAGAUAUGUGUUGUGGCCCAUUUGCUUUACGUGUGUAUAGUAGAUAUGCGCGUGACGGGACUGAAGGGCGACGUGCAGAGUGGUGCUUCGGUCUGAGUGCGCAUUGGACGAUAUAACGUUUCACGCCUCGCCAGGGUCAACCUGAGCGACGCGUUUUUUUGUAUAUAUUUUUAUUAUAUAGAAAAUAAACAUGGAUCAAAGAGUGCAAUGCCCUGUGUGUACACUGUACCUGCACAGUGGAAUGACCUUAGAGUCACAUUUAGAUACACAUCCAAAAGAUCAAGUAAUAAAAGCACUGUGUACUUUAUCAGCAAAAGCUGCUAAUUUUGGAAGCAGAACACCUACUCCAUUAAACUCGGAGAGGUCAUUUAGAAGUAGGUCACGAACACCAGCAACUGACGAUAGUGGACGAUGGGCCAAUUCUCAUCGAAAUAGUGAUAAUGAAAGGUACUGGAGAAGGACCCCAAGUAGAACUAAGUCAACUCCACUCUCAACUUCAAUCUCAAGAAAUCCUACACCAGAUCUACGAAUUGGGAAUAUUUCAUUUGAAAAUCAUAUAGCUAACAAUAUUUCAAGUCAGGGCUCUGAUUCUUACACAGUGAAAUCAGAUAAAACACAGCAAACUUAUACUUCAAAUGGUCAAUCCUUAGCAUCUGAUUUUGAUCAACAGUAUCCUUACUAUCCAGAACAACACGAAGACCCAGAAAUUAAAUUUUCUCGAAGUUCAGAGUAUAAUGCACAGUUAGAUAAUUCAAAUGUGUUUGCAUACAAUAUGCCAGUAUUAGGAUCAGGUGUCAAACUGCCUACUACUGUUAUGCCAACAGUGCCUAGAAGGGGCAAUGAUUAUGUCAAAAUCUUACCUAAACAAGGAAACCUACUUGUUAAAACGAAUGUGGCUGGAAUGCAAUAUAUACCUUCAGGAGUUAAACCUAUGCAUGUAAUGAUGCCUGCAGCACCGCCAUUUGUUCAAAAGAAUCUUCAAAACAACAUGAUUAUGACUGGAAAUUUACCCACUAGCCAAUUAUUGGAUCCAAAAUUAAUGGCCCCACCAUUAAACAGUCAAUUUAAUCAAAUGAAUCAUUCUGGAGCUUUUACCCCGGGAACAACAGUAGUCACUCAAAACUCACAAAUAAUUUAUAGGGAGAUGGUUCAUAAUAUAGAUGGUAAGCCAUUCAUUUCAAGUAUGCCAGCAGUACUUGGCGGUCCUGAAAAUGUUACAAAUGUUGCUCAGAGCAGUUCAAUGUACCAAAAUGUCAUGGUGGUAGAUCAGUUUGGUAAUACUUCUUGUAUGUAUACAACACCGCAACAUAUAUUAUCAAAGCCCUGUACUCCUCUGUUCAAUGAAAAUGUACCAUUAAUGCAAAAUGUACCAGAUAAAACUGGCUCCAGUGUAAUUACUGAUGGUAAUAAAACUUUAAUUAUUGAAGUAAGUCCGAUGUUAUCGGGCGAACCUAUAAAUGAUGCAAACCAGAACACACUACCUCAACCAGAUGAUAAUCCAGUAAAUAAAAUGAUUGAGCAAGAAAAGUCAGAAUCAUCUAUUGAAUCCCCAGGGCCUAGUAAAGGGCUGAAAAUUCUUAGUAAUAUUAAGGUAGAGGUUCCUGUACAGCAUCACAAAAAUAUGCUAAACACAGUAAUGGACUUGACAGGUUCAACUGACUCCGACUAUAUGGAACGUUCUAUUACUCCAGAGAAAAUUUUGCCCGAUUUAGACCAUAAUGAUCCUAGAUUAUCUGAUAAAUGUACUCAACCAUCUAAUGCUGGCGACAGUUUAAUUUCGAAUGCAUUUUCUGUGUUAAAACAUUCAAGUAACACACACAAAGAAAUUUCUUUAAAAUCAACUGUUAUAGAAAAUAAGCUUGAUACAGAAUUUUCAGACAGUUGCCCAGUUCCUGAUCUUAUUUGUAAUGAAAAGCCAUCUAUAUCUCCAUGUAGUGAAUUGUCUGACCACGGGGAUAAUUCUAAUGAUAGACUUAUUAUACUUUCCCCAAAACCAGAAAGCAGUAAAAAAUACCAAAGCCUGGUAAAGAAUAUUAAUGGCGAAAAGAAAUUACCAACUAAAUCUCAACCCUCCAACAAAUACAAUCAAAUUCAAAAACAUAACUCUCUAAAACUUAAUAAUAUUUUCGUGAAAAAGCAAAAAAAACAAUUGCAAAUAAAGAACUCAAAGGCAUCACAAAUCAUUACUAAACCAGUUGAACGAGAACCACGAGCGUCCUCGUCGACAUGUAAGCCAUUAGAAAAUUUUGCAAUGAAUAAAACACACCAAUCUGAAAAAUGUGAUAACAAGAGUAAAUUGCAAACUGUUUCAAUAGAAAAAAUUGAAAAUAACAAUGAUGACCGUAAUGAAUUUGAUGCCAACACUGAGGUGCAAUCGAUGGACAUCGAGCCAGUCACGCCGUCAAACCUCAACCUUCCUUCUCAGUAUAAUCCUACAGUUGUUAAAGAAGAAAUCAAUUCUAAUGAAUUUAGCAACGGAGCUGAUCGAUCCACCGACCUUGCACCAAUGGAGACGCUCAGGCCAAUCAAUGUGGUCAAUUAUAGCAAUAUAACGGUCGAAUUUGACGAUGAUUCCAAUCACAGAGAGCUACUAGAUUUAGAAGCUGCAUCGAAAAAUAAGCAAUUUGUAUCAAUGAUGAAUGAAAACUACUUUGGGGAUAACAUUUACGCUGACUAUUUUACUCCGGAUCGCGUUGAAGCGUUCGAUGCGGAAAAAGAAUCGAAUUACGCCAAGGAGAACGCUAAAGAAGGAAUGUACAUUUGGGGUGAAUCAUCGCAGAAGGAAAGUGAAUUUGUUUUACCCAAUUUUAUACACGAGAGUUAUAAAAUAGCUGAAAGCAAUGGGAUGGACUAUUCUGAUAUGGGUGCGGCGGGGGAUCAUAUCGAUAGCGACAGGUGCGAAGGGGACAGCAAAGCUGACGUGUUGAGUGAGAGUAUAAGCGACAGUGAACCGACUUUGAAUAUCUGCGCUGAUGAGAGGAUGCCGCCUCGCGGAGAACUCAGCGGGCAAGAAAGCAACGGAGACAUGGAAUCACCUUGGACUGGGAUGUAUUCGGGAGUUCCCCCGGCGGAGCCUUAUGAUCUAAUGGCGCGGGAGAGUUGGGUUUCAGAUGGGUCCGACAUAGAUGCUAACGAAAAAACAGAAAACGUUAUUGAGGAAGAACUCCACUUUCCGAAGGCAAGAAUGUACACUUGCGCACAGUGCGGGGUGAAGUUCCCCUCGCUGAAGGAGCUGCGCGCGCACAAGGCGCUGGUGCACGCGCUGCCCACGUGCUCCAGCGUCAAGACCUCCUACAGCCGCCUCAUGACCGCCAGGGCCAUCAAGAAGGAGGAGAAGCCGGACGAACAUGUGCUGGCAGGUAAUCUAUUGUCAUUGGACACAAAGGAGACGAUGGCUUCGACAAUGUUAAAAGUAUACGACGCGAUUAGUGAAGCUAAGCCACAAAUCGAAGGUUUAAUAAAGCAGGAAACGAAAAAGAGGCGAAAAGAUUACGUGUGUCCAACUUGCAAGGUCGACCAGGUCACCGACGCGGCCUUCCACGCCCAUCUCAAGAUCCACCCGCUGGAGUGUCUCACGUGCGGAAAGUGUUUCUUCAAACGAGCAUAUCUAGCGUUACACGUGAAAACGCAUUUAGGAAUAAAGAACUAUAAAUGCGAGGUAUGCGAAAAGCGUUUCAUAACACGUCAGAAGCUGUCGGAGCACCACAACGUGCACACCGGCCGGACGCCCGUCAAGUGCACUAUCUGCGACGACACCUUCCGACGGUACUCCAAUAUGGUGCAGCACAGGGACCGGCACCAUUUCAAGAAGAAGACAAAGAUCCGCGACUUCGUGUGCCACUGCGGCGCCGUGUUCCACUCGCGCGCCAAGCUGCACUGGCACAAGGAGACGCACGACGAGAAGCCCAAGGCGUGCCUGUACUGCAGCGACAAGUUCGUGCACGCCGCGUCGCUCACGCGCCACGUGCGCCGCUCGCACAACGAGUACUUCCUCGUCGACAAGGGCACGGAGAAGGGCCGGAUGGAGAAUGUGCCUUGUCCUGUUUGUAAACAGAUUUACCUUAGAUCAAAUUUGCGUGCUCACUUGCUGACACACAGCGGGAAGAAACCAUACCAUUGCAUCAUCUGUAACAAAGCAUUCACAACUAAGUGGAACUUGAAACUUCACCGUUGGACGCACUUGAGUCGGUCAGCUAAACCUUUCAAAUGCACGCUGUGUAAAGGUGCAUUCAUCAGGCAGUCCGAUUACGUAUCCCACAUGAACGCGCACAAGUCUGUUCGUCCAUACACCUGCAACUACUGCGGCUGCCAGUUCAUUAGGAAGUACAACUGCCAACGACAUGUUCGAGAACACGAAAUGGAAAAGAAGUUUGUGUGUAAAGUGCCCGAGUGUGGUAAAUCGUUCCAUAGGAGUUAUUAUUUAUCUGAACAUAUGAAAGUGCAUAGUGGAGCGAGGCCUUUUGCAUGUAAUAUAUGUGGUAAAACAUCGAGUAAUAAGUCCAAUCAUAAUAAACAUGUGAAGAUACACCAUGCAAGGGAGCCAGUAGCGACUGAAGCGUAAGUAUGAAAAAUUUACAAACGCGGACUAGGCGACUCUUGAGAGGUUAUUUUGAUGCUACUAAAGAUUUUGUAAUAUAGAAGGAUUUCUAUCUCUCGGUCCAUUUUCUCUAAAUUUCGGCUACUCAUUUGAUUAUUUGCAAUGAAUAAUCAAUCCUAACUAAAAAGUUAUUAUAUAAAAAUGGCAUCAUUAACAAAGGUUUUGAUACAGAGUCGCCACAUUGUAAAUAUUUAGUUAAAUUUAAAUAUAUUGUGUAAAUACAGGACCAAGUUUGUGUAAAUUGAUGGGGAGAGUAUAGAGAGCAUUUUACAGUUAAAACCAAUACUUAACUAAGUAUUGUCGUGUGACAGACUUUAUUGUAUUAUUAUUUGUAAUUUUAUUUUUAAAACUAUUUAUAAUGUAUUUAUACUUUGUGUUGAAUAUUUUUUUCUAAAUGGGCACAAUAUGACUUUGAUACCUGUUAAAACUAUUUACUGUAAGAAAAAUGAUAUAAAAAGUGAUCGCCCUAAUAUUUAACGAAUACCGUGCGUCUUUUAAUUAGAUAUGGUUUCAAGUAGUGAGAAAGUUCCUAACAAUUGAGAUAAUAACGGAUUAGUUACUUGAUGUUUUUGUCUCUGAAAAAAAUUUAUAUAAAAUAAGAGGUUGGAUAUUAAAGAGAGCCGAGAUUUAACUUUCAACAUUCAAAUCUGAAUAGGUUGUGAACUAUUACUAAUGAAUUUUGUAAAUAGAUAUAGAAAAAAAACAUUGAUAUAAUAAGGUCAGUCACACUACGAUAUUCUUAAUGAGUAUUUUAGUCAAUUUACUGGAAAGGGCAUUUUGGUAAAGGUACACCCCGCUUAAUAAUUUAAUUUCUUAAAUAAUAGAACAAUAAUCUGCGGUUAUACGACGGUAGUUUUUAAGUGGCGAGUAUUGUUAUUUGAAGAGAAUUCUGUGAGAAAAUUUAAUAAACUAGAUACAUAUCAAUGUUUAAAAUAUUCACGCGAUGGUUUGCCAUGCGAAAAAUAUUCAAAAUAAGUAUAAGAUUAAUUGACUUUAAAAACUCCUUAUUCAUUAAUAGGUAACAUCGAAGGCAACAUAGUAUAAUAUAAUGUGUAUUAAAUUAAUGUUAUAACAUUUCUCUACAGGAUUUUUUCUUUGUACAUACUCGAUUUAACAGAUAAAUUGCUCAAAGACAAUUCUAAGUAAUCGUAGACUAUGUCUAUGAUUCACACUAUUGACAGUCACAUUAAAACUUCUUUUCUAUUUUAGUAUUUGUAUUAGUAAUCUAGUUAUAGUUUUAUUUAUUUUCUUUUAAAGUUAAACUUUAUGUUUUUAUUAGGUAAUUGAUGAAUUUACUAACAUUAAAUGCAAUAUGUCUUCCACAUUGCAUAAGUUGAAAUUUGUAUUAAACUUUUUUUUAUUUAUUUACAUAGCAUACUAGCAAGUACAGCGCAAAUUAUUAAUUAAACUUGACGUUAAAGAUAUGGUUUACAUCUAUAAACAAAUAAAUACCUAAUUAGUUUAAUUAUAAUAAUUUUGUGACAGGUUAAAAAUUUCUAAACAUUGUUUGGUACAAACUUUUAUAUAUUACAACAGCUUUAUGAAAUAGUUUUUUUUCUUAAUGAAUUAUCUAAUAUUUAAGAUGUGCCUGCGCUAAGCGAAAUCUGAAAUAAAAUUUUGGAUGGUAAAAAUGUGACAUUAUAAUGGCACCUUUAAGUAAUUAUUUCCAAAUAUAUUUAAUAGUAUUGGAAACUAGAAUAUAUGCUGUUUAUGUAUCAGAUUACACUCAAAAUAUAUAUAAUACAUCCCACCGGUAAUGCAUCACUCAGCGCAGAUGUUGCGAGCACAUCUUAAAAUUUAUGUACUUGUUUUUUUUAUUUAUUAUUAAAACAUAAUUCAUUUAAAAAACCUUCAUGAAUUACAAUAUUAGUAAGAUUUGUUGCCAUAAAAUAUUUAAGGCGACUUUCAUGAUAUUUAUUACAGUAAUAAAAUAUGAGCUUUAUUGUAAGCGCAUAAGGUCCGUCAUAAAUUCUACUGUGAUUACAAUGAUGAUCGAUGAAGUUUUUUUUGUAUUAGUUUAAUUUCCAUAUUGUGCUUGUAUUUAUUUACACACUGAAAAUUAUAAGAAAAUUGUGCAAUAACAAACCGAUCGUUGUUAUUGUUGUUUCUGAACUAAGCCUCCACCACUUUUAUUGUAAGUUGUUCAAACUUUUUUUUUUAUAUUUAUUUCCUUUGUUUUUUUUAUAUACAUGCAAAAAUAAUAAUUAUAAAAUUGAUCUGUUAUUUGGUAAUAUUUACAAAUAGGUGGGGCUUUGUUCCUUCAAAUAUUUUUAUAUACAUUGGAAAUUGUUGUGUGUCUUGUAAAUGAAUCACACCAACUGUGUUCAUGCGAUAUCGUAUUUUAAUUUUCUGUAUUUUUAACGUAAAUGAAUGAUCUCGUAACUUAACACAACAAAAGUUUGAUUUUUUGUUAUUAUAGUAAAAUUUAGUCUUUAAUUCAAGUUUGUAUUUUGAAAGCAUUUGAUAAAAUUCAGGUUGGUUCCGUUUGCGUAUAAUAAGACCGUUUAUCGAUUUAUUUUAUCGAAUGUUUUCAAAAUAAGGAAAACUUUUUGCGGUUAUUAGAAUAAAUUGGUUAUUUAUUUUUAAAAUAAUUUGUAAAUACGAAGUAAGGUACUUUUAUUUUGUAACACGUGGGUCGUACACCAAAACUCAGUUCAGCGGGGUUACUGGACUGGAUUAGUGUCUGCAAUAAAUUAAAAGUAAGCUAA